UGACGAGGUUGAAACUUCUGUGCAAGUUCUGUGCAGAACUUCACAUCGCAAGAGCAAGUGCGUGUUUCCCCCCCCUCCUUUCUUUUUCCUGCUCCUUAAACGCCUCCUUCAAGUUUGCAGUUGGGCAGGACUCCAAAGGUGCAGCAGCAGUAGCAGCAACAAGCCGCAGUUCAAAGUUAGCAGUAAAUUGCACAACUUCCAGCUCAUCGCUACGCUCAGUGACUACUAACAAGCUGGAAGACGCUCAAGGAAAAAAAUAGGGGAGAAGGGAACACCCUCGAAUUGCUUGGGGAUCGCUGAUGUUAUGCUUCUGCCGCUGGGAUCAUGGCUCCCUUUGGAAGGAAUUUAUUAAAAACCCGGCAUAAAAGCAGGUCUCCCAAUAAGGACAUGGCUUCAAAUGAAAGAGAGAUUGUGGUUUGGGUUUGCCAAGAAGAGAAGAUUGUAUGUGGCCUGACAAAGCGCACAACUUGUGCAGAAGUGAUUCAAGCACUGCUUGAAGAACAUCAGGCAACAUUUGGAGAGAAAAAGGUCCUUUUUGGAAAGCCUAGUGAUUAUUGCAUUGUAGAAAAAUGGAGAGGAUCGGAGCGAGUACUUCCUCCCUUGACAAAGAUUCUGCGACUUUGGAAAGCCUGGGGAGAGGAGCAGUCUAAUUUGCAUUUUGUGUUGGUAAAAGCAGAUGCUUUCCUCUCAUUUCCAUUGUGGAAGACAGCUGAAGCUAAGGUAGUCCAAAAUGUAGAAAAACAGUGGGAGCUUAGUCCAGCAAAUUACAUGAAGAUGUUGCCAAUAGACAAGCAAAAGAAAAUUGUCAGGAAGACUUUCCGGAAAUUGGCCAAGCUUAAACAGGACAGUGUUCAGCAAGAGAGAGAUAAUAUGGAGACACUGAUUCAUCUGAUCAUUUCUCAAGAUCAUACCAUUCAUCAACAAGUCCUUAGAAUGAAGGAACUAGAUAUGGAAAUUGAAAAAUGUGAAGCAAGAUUCCAUCUAGAUCGUGUGGCAAAUGAUGGAGAAAAUUAUGUGCAGGAAUCCUAUUUAAUGAUCAAUCCUAGUGAGUCUGAGCAGCAAGGGAGUCGGCUAGAUGAUCAACAAGAGAUGCAUGACUAUUUGAGCAAAAGUGAGGGAAUUUUACAGGUUGAAGAAAGACUGAAGCAUCACAAACAAUUAAUAGAGAAACUGUGUGCUGAAAUUGAAAAAGAGGUACACGGUAUCUGCACAGAAAAAAAUGGAGAUGAUGUUUGCACAGAAGGAGCUGCUAAUGCUGAACUGGAAAACCCAAAUUUGGAAAGUGUAAAAUAUGAGCUGGAAAAAAGUAUGAAAGAUGGUCUGAGAAUCAACUCAUACCUGAGCUGCAUUCAGAAAGAACUUACAUACAGGGACUCACUGCUUCAAAAGAAAGAAAAAGAAUAUGAACUUCUUACGGAAGAAUUUAAUUUACUACAUGUUAAAGACAACAUAGAAACUAGGCUUCCGUCAAAUGAAGAGCCAUCCAAGGGCACUGGCAUCUCCAGUAACAGCAAUGCUGUUCCUGACUUUGUUCAUAGAGUGACUAACCUGGACAUAAAUGAUACAGACUCUGACACUGGAAUCAGCUCUACACACAGUCAGGACUCUGAAAUAACUUCAGGGGACAUGGUACUGUUGUCAACAUAGUUGAAAACUGUCACACAUUUAUAAAAAGUAAUAUUUUGGAGGAUAUUUAUAAGAAUUAGUAAACCCUGUCGUCUUGAGAGUUCAGCCCUUCACGAUGUUAAAACUGACAUUGCUUUAGCAAAGUAAAUGAUGUCUGUUUAUGUGCUUCUAGUAUACUUGUGCUUAAAUUCAUGGCAGUCUUAUGGGUUAACUGCUAAUAGGUGCAAAGUUGUUGGCUUUGCUAAAUUGGGACAGACUGUUUAGACCUUGUAAUAUUGAUCCUCAGUGGAACACAAGCGUCCUCACUGGCUUGGAUCAAAGGUCUGGAGAUUUGAUAUCCCCUAAUCUUUGGGUCCACUUCCACAUCACUUUAACUUUUUAGGAAUGUGAGUUAGAGAUUAGACCAAACAAGACAGAGAGCUUGAUUUUCUGCUCUAUUACAGUAACUUUAUUCAGCCAAACUUUCCCUGCCAUGAAGCUGCUGUAAAGGAAUACAUAAUAAAGCAUGUAAUCCAUUAAAAAUUAUUUUUAUGCUAUUGUAAGACAAAAAAAUUCAGUAACAUUUAUGAUGUAUAUUUAAAUUUAGUUUUGAAGUAUUAGGAUAUUUUGAAAAACACCUAAGUCCCAUUUUUUAAAUUACCUUACACACAUAGGUUUUUAAUUUCCAUUAUCUUUCAGCAACAUUUAACUUCUUCUAAGAUCCUUAAAACCCCUACUUACCUGCUGUUACCCUGUAGUUGCCCCAGUGAUGCCUAAGUGCACGUACUUUAUGCCAGCAGGCAUGUCAGAACUGCCUACGUCCUGCUUGUGCGAGACACUCAAAUCCCAAGCUCACACCCAACCUCAGAGGCAUUUUCAGCAAGGCUUUCUUCUGCCUGUCUCUCCAGUUGGAUCCAGUAUCUUAGGCCUCUACAGAUCAUGACUACCAAAUAAAGCAUAACAGAAGGGACAGGCAGGAGCCAGAGAUUUUUGGCUCUGGCUAGACACUGUUUCCCAAUAGCUGGGUAGUUACCAUUCUUGGUUGUCAAAUCCUGUCUCACUCUUUUGGAGCAGGGAUACAGACCUGUAAAUCUUCCUUCUUUCGUGAAGACUUUGACAUGCCACUAGAACUGAUCUACUUUAUAUAAUUAAUUAAAUAUUGGGCCCCAGGAAAAAAUAAAGAAGGAAGGCAAACUAUGAACACUUUACAACUGUGUGGUUAAGUCACUUAGGAUGUAGUAGUUGAUCUCAAAUCUUUCUCCAGCAUGUUGGAGUGAAUCCAAAGGAAAGUUGUACAACUGAGGUGUUCCCCUCAGUUACUGAACAAGAUUUCUAAUUCUGGGCUACAGACUCUGCUAAUGGAGAGUACAUGAGUAAUUUCUGCACUGCCAUGUUUAUAUUUUGCAGGUCAAUCCGCUUAGUGCUUUUGUUAAAUGAAUUGAAUGGAGAAAUAAUUAAAGUGUUUCUAAACAAAGUUUAGGGGUGGCAAAAUUCAAGCAGAUUCUGGAGUUAAAAGCCUACAAAGUUAAUGAAUGGACAGUACCUGGAAAGUAUAAAUGUAAAAUACUUUCACAUACACUGCUUUCCCUUUAUGUAUUUUUCUUCUCUUAGAUGUCUGUCAACCAUCUGUUUUUUAAAAUUACCGAAGUGCUAGGAUUGCUGAUUAGCAUAUUAGAUACAGGGGGGGAAAAAAAAAAAAGGAAAAAAAAAAAAAAAGCAAACCUUUUCUAAAAGACCAAUUUUUGUGGGUUUUUAAAAGACUUUUUAGUCCUGGAUGUUAUAAAUAUUUUCUGAUCCAGGAAAGUGUGCGAGUUUCCUUAAUAUAUUUUGUGUUGUGUUUUUGUAAUACAAUGUUAUUUGAAUACUUCAAUAAUAAUAUGUCAUAUUUAGACGACUCAGCUCCUGAUGGAAAAACUAAGUAUCAAAUAUAUUAUCUUUGUAAUAAUUUAUUAACGCAACUCAGCAUCUUUUGAACUCUGUGGUAUCACUAACAAGUAGUAAGCACAGAGCUCUGAAUGUUGAGAGCAGGCUAAUGCAUUAUAUGAGUUCUUGUGAAUUUAGCUGACAGUUCUUUCUAAUGAGUCUUUUUUAUAUAAAUACUUAGAGGAUAAAGAAUUCAAACAGAAUACUAUUCACAGCUGGGCAGGCUAGUGCAAGACUUGUGGGGGAACUAAUUCCCACUCAUACUCUUUAUCAGAUUUAUUUCACUUGUAGGAGUUUGUACUGGUCCUGAGAACUGAUCCUUUUUCCACACUAUGGGGUUGAUUGUACAUCCCCUGCAACAUGUUGUUCAUAAGAGUAUUACUUUGUUUUACGAAGAAAAUAGGAAAAGUAGGUUGGGACAGAGUAUUACUUUAAAAAUAAAAUAAUAUUUUAAAAAUCCAGUGUUUUGAAGCUUAUACUUUGAUGUCUUAGACAAACAUUUUUCUUGCAAAAUGUAGUGAAUGUACAAGAUUAUUAAAGACUGUGUGCACUCUUUGCCAUUUAUCUGCCUUUACAUUUCUCAUAUACUUGUUUGACCUGGUUUUAGGAUGCUAAAAGUAUAAUUUAUAAACAUUUAUGCUCCUUACUUCACCGUUCUUUCUUUGUCUGAACUAUCUGUGAUUGUUAUUUUGUUUUUAGUUCCCAUGAGGAAAUGCACAAUCAAACACUGUGGCUUAUUUCCUGUAAUUCUCUUAAGCCUGUUACCUUUCCAUCUUUACAAUUUUAGUUUUAUUUUGUAAAAUUUUCCAUUAACUGUGUUGUACUUACUGACAAAGAGGAAGAUCAAAAAUGCCCUGCAUAAGAGGAGAGAAAAAUUCUACCCAAGGAGUGAAAAUGUGAAAUGUCAGAGUGAAAUGAAAGGAUAUUUGGUCCAUUACAUGCAUCUGUACAAGGGGUUUCUGAUAGAAAGACAGUUAUUUCUUCAGAGUGAGAGGAGUAUUGUGGUGAGUAGGUGCCAGACUCAGCACCUAUCGUGACUGUUUUGGUGUGGGAUAGGUUAGUCCCUGAUAUGAAUGUAGGCAGAGGUCUUCAGUGACUCUCUUCCAGGCUAACAGCACUGAAAUGAUUCGACUUGCCUAAUACAAAGUUCUUUGGAUCCUACAUACUUAGAAAGUUUCACAUACGUCUUUAUAACCAAUACAGCAGUUUCCAGUGAAAAUAGUGUAUACCCCAAUCUCAUGUUUCUGCCUGACUUUAUUAUGUACUUUUACAAAUUUGAUGAAACCAGAUGAGUCAAUUUAAUUACCUACUUCAGUUUCUUGAUGACUCUUUCAAAUAUAAAACAUAAUUUGGUUAUAUAUAUAUUUAUAGUAUUUGCCAUCCAUUAUGUUCUUAAAAAUUACUCUGUAAUUAGAGAGUUAUUGCCUCUCCCCCCCACCCCCCUGCAAAACUGAGCAAUCCCCACAAACUUUUAUCACUUCAAAAUUACAGAGUAUAUAUUUAUCUUCAGAUUGUGCAUUCAGAGAUUGUUCUAAUGGCUGUCUGAUGCUCCAUACACACAUACAUAUUGCUGGCAGAGGGUAUUUGAUUAUAUGAUACUGACAGAUUGAAAUUCACAGAGAUUCAACUUGCAAUUUGAGGCUGCUAAGAUUAAUAGGCAUUACAUUUCUCUACAUGCCCAGAAUCAUCAUUUGGUAGUUUCUGCGAAUUUCCAACUGUGUCAAGACAUAAA